AUGGCGAGCGGAUUCUGGGUGGUGAAGCUGACGGAUCGGGCCUGCCUGAUCUCGGCCUUUAUUACCAUUUGGACUCUUCGAGUGGAAGCCGAUGCCUUUUGGGCUGAAGAAGGCGCCAUCUACCAACGGAUGAUCGACAAUGCCUUGUAUGGGUUCACUCGGAUCCCAAAAUUGGCAGGCGAUCUGGAGCAUCUGGAUGUAUUCGAGGCCGGAGAACCCGAACAUCCGGGCAAACCAUCGGUGCUAGGACGCAGAUCCUACAUCGACGACAUCUUAGUGCCAGCAGACAAUUUGGAUCAGCUAUGCGACCGCGUCGAAGAUCUGCUGGAGGCGUGCGACAAAUGGAACUUGUCGAUCAGCGUUGUCAAGAGUUUCUGGGGCAUGCCCAAGGUGGAAUAUCUCGGUCACAAGGUAUCGCACGACGGACUGGAGGCGAAUCCGAAGGAUCUGUCGGCGCUGACGGAUCUCGAGUUUCCCGGAACCCUGCAUUACGCGAUUUACGCAUCUACGUUGAACCCCGAGAACGACGAUCUUGCGGAUCUGGAUCUCAGGUGGAUCCAUGCUCACCGAUCCUUCGAGGUAUUAAAGGAGAAGAUCGCGAAGACGCCGAUCCUGCGGCACUUCGAUCCGGAUCAACAAGCGGUGGUGGUUGUAUAUGCCAGUGAUUGGGCGAUCUCCGGUGCAUUGAUGCAAGAGUAUGAUCAGGUCUACUAUCCGGUGAUGUUCGCGAGCCGUACGUUGAAAUCCAACGAAUUAAACUAUGGGAUCACAGAGAAAGAGGUGUUGACAUUGUUGCGGGUCCUGGAUCUCAACUAUAAUACUUUGGUUGGGAGACCGAUACGCGACACUCCACACUGGCUUGGUUAUUUAGAUCCAGCGCAUUACAAGGACGCCUAG